GGAGACAGGAGCUCAUCUACCUUCAGCCCAGCAAAGAGGAAUACACCACCGCUCACCAUGUUCACUGUACUUUCCUUGCUUCUACUGGCAGGAGCACACAGCGCGACGGCACGGACUCACUCUCUGAAGUAUUUCUACACUGCGUCCUCUCAAGUCCCAAACUUUCCAGAGUUUGUGGCUGUUGGUUUGAUCGAUGAAGUUCAGAUGUUUCACUAUGACAGCAACACAAAGAAAGCAGAACCCAAACAGGACUGGAUGUUAAGCACAACUGAUUCACAGUACUGGGAGAGUCAGACUCAGUAUUAUUUGGAUAAACAGCAGGUUUACAAAAACCACAUUGAAAUCGCAAAGGAACGCUUCAACAAAACUGGAGCUCUUCACAUUAUCCAGCAGAUGCUAGGAUGUGAAUGGGACGAUGAGACUGGAGAAGUUAAUGGUUUUAAGCAGUAUGGUUAUGAUGGAGAAGACUUCAUAUCACUGGACCUGGAGACAGAGACAUGGAUCGCUCCAACACCACAGAGUUUCAUCACCAAACUGAAGAUGGAGCAGGAUAAAACUUUUAUCGCUCGCAGUAAGAACUAUCUUCUCGAGGAGUGUCCUUCCUGGCUGAAGAAGUUCCUGGAGCAGGGGAGGAGCUCUCUGCUGAGAACAGAGCUUCCCAGGAUUUCUCUCCUCCAGAAGUCUCCCUCCUCUCCAGUCAGCUGCUACGCUACAGGUUUCUUCCCCGACAGUGCCAUGUUGUUCUGGAGGAAAGACGGGGAGGAGCAUUAUGAGGAUGUGUACCUCGGAGAGGUCCUCCCCAACCAUGACGGGACCUUCCAGAUGAGCGCUGACCUUAACGUUUCAUUAAUCUCCCCUGAAGACUGGAGGAGGUACGACUGUGUGUUCCAGAUCUCUGGUGUGAAGGAGGACAUAGUCACCAAACUGGACAAAGACUCAGUCGAGUCCAACAGAGAGAAGCCCAUCAGCGUGACCACCAUUAUUAUCAUCAUCAUCAUCAUCGCUGCAGUGGUUGCUCACGCUGUCGUCAUUGGACUCAUCGUGUACAGGAGGAAGAAAGCCCAAUGUACUUCACUUCCUGUAAAUGAUCCAGGUGCCUCAGAGCUGCUGAGAUCAGAUGAUGGAGGUUCUAAUUCUCCAAGUGAGACGUCCUCCUGAACACAGUGAGUUGCUUCAUCUGUUAAACAAAACUGAUUCAAACUAAGUGCAAAGUAACAUAUGUGUAAUCAUGUGUAAAACCUCUGUUUUAAUUAGAAAUAAAAAAAUCUGCUGAGAGCAAGGCAUAGAUCAGAAACCUUCACGUUAAUAGGACAGAUUAAAUGUUGAAUUAGGGAGGAUGUCCAGGAGUUCUUCGCUGCAUGCCCCGUCUGCGCCCCGAGAAUAAGACCUCUCGCCAGCGGCCCUACGGUUUGCUCCUCCCUUGGCCCAUUCCCCGGCGACCCUCGGCGCACAUCUCCAUUGAAUUUGUUACUGGAUGGCUCCUACAGAAGGUUACGCAGUCAUACUCACCAUUGUGGACAGAUUUUCUAAAAUGGCUCAUUUUGUCCCUCUGCCUAAGUUGCGUUGUCUCAUGAUUUUCUAUUACACGGACUCCCUCAGGAUGUGGUGUCGGACCGGGGACCCCACUUUGCCUCCAGGUUUUGGAAGGAAUUCUGCAGGCUUAUUGGUGCCACAGCCAGCCUCUCCUCCGGUUUUCACCCCCAGUCGAACGGCCAGACUGAAUAUUACAACCAGGAGCUGUGUGGUGUCAAAAAAUCCUUCCCUUUGGAGCAUAAAUUUGAUCUGGAUUGAGUAUGCUCAUAAUUCUCUCCCUGUCUCACCCACAGGACUUUCUCCUUUCCAGUGUGUAUAUGGAUAUCAGUCACCCCUGUUUCAUGAGGUUACGGUGCCAUCUGCUCAGGCCUUGGUGUCUAGUGUGUAGUUCUACUUCCUGUUGGUUUCCCUACACACCUGUACCUUGUUUGUCAUUAAGCUUUCCUUAUUUAUACCCUGUGUUUGCCCUCCCCCUCUGCCAGAUUGUCAUUGUCUCCUUUGUGUGUUCAUGCUCUCCAGCGUUAAGUUCUGUGUGUUUGCUUACCUGGUUUUGGACUCUGCCUUGAUUGCUGACUUUGGAUUUUGUGCCUUUUCCCUGAAUGGACUUUUUUGCUUCUCUUCUACCUACCCGUGUAUGACCUCUGGAUUGUUAAAGUAAAGUUUUAUGUUGUACUUUA